CUGCGUUCGGCGUAGAAACUCGACGUGUUGAGAUACCGUGUGUGGCUGAUUCUGCGCCGCCAGAGUCGUGCGAAAAUGAAUCGCAGCGACGCGAAGAAAGAUUGACGUCACCACGCCGCCGUGGGGUACUAUAUCGAUUAAAUCGGAAUCACCAUCGCCGCGAAGGUGGGGAUACUAACCAGAGCCUACGCACCACUCCGAGUCGAAGUUUGCAGAGUACGUGUGAGAAUCCAAAGCCCGGACGGCGGUGGCUUCUGAGAAUGUCGGCACCAUUUCAAGAGAACAGCGCGAAGCGAUUCAUCUCAGGGGUAAAACGCUAAGGAGGAGAUUAUGAUUUAUAUGUAAAUAUCAUAGUAAAGAGGUGAUACUCAAUUAUAUCAAAAGACGCGUUCACGUAUAUGUUCAUGUACAUUAUAUGUUCAUGUACAUCCCUUGAGAUCAUUACACAUUCGUGGAUAUCGCAACCUAAGCUUCAGUGGGUCUAACGUUACAAGCCUCGGUAAUUCCCCAGACAUCGAAUAGGUAGUCGCUGCAGGGGUUGAGAAUGCGCUAAUACAUAUAUGCGCCUAAUAUGUAGAUUUUAACGUAACACUCCAAAAUCCCCGAAAUUCGUAGUUCUAUCACCACUCCGAAACGACGGAUCAGCGUUGGCCAUGAUUGAAUACUUCGACCUCGUCGCCGCAGAAAAGCAUACCCGAGAGGUUGCCGUAAGAGUACUCCGACGUCGCUGCAAAGUGCAUACAGGAUGCCAUUGUCCCUAAGUGCUGCCGAACCCGCGGACGCCGCCCGCAUCGCCGAGAUCCACAUGGCCGCUUUCGGCUCCAACGCGAUGCUCCUAGCACAGUUCCCCACACCGGCCGUUCGGGACGCUCUAAAGAAGAGCAUCGAAUUAAAGGCGCUUGCCGACAUCGACGACCCGAAAACUACCGUCCUUGUCGUCCGCGAUUCAAGCCUAGAACUUGGUAGCAACAGCGCCAUAUCGACCGACAACGAGCGGACUCGCGGGCGUCGAAAGGAACAAGUCGUGGCGUUCGCAAAGUGGGCGCACCCCGUGCGGCUUGACGAAGACUACGUCGAACCCCCGUGGAUCUGGCCAGCAGGAACAAACCUCGUCAUUCUUAACGACUGGGCGAAGAAGGCCGAGGCAGCUCAAUCACGCGCCUUGGGAAAUACGCCGUGUUAUCGACUUACGUUUAUGGGGACGGAUCCCGCACAUCGGAGGCGUGGUGCAGCAACGAUGAUGGUCCGAUGGGGCAUGGAGCAUUCGAGGAAAGAUGGCGCUCCCGCGUAUCUGGAGAGUACUCUCGAAGCAGCUUCGUUCUAUAGAAACAUUGGUUUCGUCGACGUAGAUACGAUUUCGUUGGAAUAUAGGGCAGACGGCGCCGAGACGCGCAGCGCUUAUGAGGAGGUUAGCUUUUUAUACAGGUGACUACUAACCACCGCCUACCUCCGUCCUCAGCACGUAGGUUCUUAUACCCGGUCCUAAAGUAGAGUUCGUACGGAUAUAAAUUUCAACCCUCGUUCUGAAUCUAAUGAGGAACAAAAGAUACGGAUACUAAAGACAUGUGGAUCGGACCAUUUACUACCUCCCAGCUAUUACAAACCAAUUCCUAGAUUCUCAGUAUCGAUCAAUCCGCGAUCCUCAUACUUGAUGGGCCCCAUCCU